ACUUCGCUCUCAGCUUUCGUGCUUUGAACGUGGUUCUCCAGUGAAAUACAAACACAUCACUUCACCAUUUUCUUGAUUAACUGUUUGAAAACGGUCUAAGUUUAUUUGGAAAUAUGGAGGUCGACAAAUGCGAUAAUGGAAAUACUGAGGUGGAGAGUUGCUGUAAUGAAAAUACAGAUGUGGAUAAUUGCUGUAAUGAAAAUACAGAUGUGGAUAAUUGCUUAUAAUGAAGAUACAGAUGAGGAUAAUAGCGAUACUGAAAAUACCGAGGUGGAUAAAUGUUGUGGACCCGGUUAUGCAACUCCCAUGGACGCUUUUCUCCACGGCAAAAGGGAAAAACUGCUGUACGUGAUUUGCGUUCAACCGAAUCCGGAAGGUUAUAAAUCCGAUAUCUUGUCCACCGUUGAUGUCAACCCAAAGUCAAAGACUUACCAACAGAUCAUCCACACGUUGCCAACUGGCAAAAUCAACGAUGAGAUCCAUCACUCAGGAUGGAACACCUGUUCCAGUUGCCAUGGUAAGAAAGCGCACGUCCGCGACAAGUUGAUCUUGCCGUGCUUGGGAUCCGACAGGGUUAUUAUCGUGGAAACAGGAAAGAAGCCGCGUUCUCCCAGCAUCCACAAGAUCAUCGACUCCAGUGACAUGCAUAAAUACAACUGCGCGAGUCCACACACCAGCCACUGCUUGGCUAACGGUGACGUCAUGAUCAGCACUUUGGGAGAUCCCGCAGGCAACAGCAAGGGCGCGUUCAUGCUCUACGACGGG